UUUCGCGGGCGGGAUAAAUAACUAUAAUAAUAAUUAUUUGUAAUUAUAGUCAUUUUGCCAACUAUAUAUAUAUUGGGGCGUGUUCGGAUUCCCACCCAGGUACUCUCCGGGCGUUAUGUCAUCCUUUUUUAAUAUUUGGUAAACAAGGAUGCAGUGAUACUUGAAUGACAGUUAAAUAGGAAUUUGAACCCAGCAUUGAUGCGUGAGAUGGAUCCCGAAGGAGUCCGACACUCCAAGAGAUAGUCCAGGAAGGAAUACAGCCACAAUCCAGCCAUUAAUCAACUAUAGACUAUAAUGUUUAUUUUUGUCUCUGGACAAGUGAAAGUGACUAACUACUGGAGACCGUAAUAGGAAGAUUCUGAUAAAUAUUGUGAAUUAAAUUUGUCACGAUAUGGAGGAACUUAUAAUAAUAAAAGAAGAGAGACCCUCAAUCCAACGAAUAAUUAUGGAUUUGACAGAAAAUGAUGUCGAUAUCAUUAGCACCAACAGCGAGGAAUAUGUACAAAAUCAAAUAACGAACAACGAUGAAGAUACAAGUCCAAAACGGCAAAGAGUUAACGUGACGGAAAAUAAUAAAGAUACAUACCCGAAUCUUAUCACAAAUCAAGAGGCUACACGCGAAGAACUCUCUGAAAGUGAUGAAAAUAAUGAUGUCAAUGAUGACUCAUCUUUUUCAAAAGUCCAAUCUGAAGAUACCUGGGAGAUGAAUCUACUGGAAGAGCCACAGCAUGCAAAAGAAAAAGAAAAGCAAGUUAAAAAGCAAAAAUUAAAAUCGAAACAAUGGAUUGAAAUUUUAAAAGAGACGAAUGCGAUUUCUGCGAAUUCUUCGGUAAGAGAGUUACUUGGUAAAAGUAAAAACAAUAAUGAACAACUUGAAAUUAUUAAUGAAAUUCUUGAAGACAUAAAUAAAUUGCUUAAUUAUACAAAUAAUAGCAAAAACCAAGUUACAAGUCAAUUUAAUCCAAACACAAUUCAAUUUGAUAAAUUCAACAUAAAUCCCAUCAUAGUAAAUAAAAUAGGCGAAAUUAGCCGUAAAUUACCACAAAUUACUCUUGAUAAUAUUAAUAAUACAAAUAGUUAUCGAACGAAGGCAGAUCGACUACGUAAUUCUGGCGAGAUAGCUCAAAAUCCCAUAAAUAUGGAUGUUACAACGUAUCUCGGUUUAAAUAAUUCUUUGCGGACAGUUAGAAAUAGUAGUGUUCAACAUAACCAAGAAGUAGGACGUAAACGUAAGCGGUCGCGAAAGCAACAAGUGACGGCUUCAUCCUCAGAAACAUCCACAAGUUUAAGCCAUAUCGCGCAGUUGGAGACUGAUGAGAAGAUAUUGUUACAAGAAAUCGAGAAUGAGUUAAAUAAACAGAAGAUUUUAUUACGUAAACAACGUAUCGAGGCCAUGCAAGAAAUCGUGUGUAAUUUGAAAAAGAAAAGUGCCUAUAAAAAGGUAAAUGACGAACAAACACGACAAACACGGACAAUCACAGCGCUAAAUACACACCGACAGCUCAAAAAUGAAGAUACCUUUUACGAAGAUAAUUUUGUCAUUAAGGAUCGAGUGGGUUCCGAAGCAUGUCGAUUUAAUGUGAAGUUUACGAUCGAAGAUUUGCGACCGAAGAGCUACAAAGGAUCACGGGCACACAGAAUAAUUUACGACUUCGUAGAGGGACAAUUAAAACGCACCAUAAGCUCAGGGGCCGCAAGUGAGACAAAUCAACAGGUAGUACCUCAAUGUCUACAGGAAAUACAACCAUCAACAUCCACGGGCGAGACAAGCACUGAAAGAAGACAAUCAGCAAGAAUCAAAAGAAGUUCUAUCUUUUCGUUCAAAAAGAAAAUACAACAAAAAAAAACGUUGAUCAGCGAAAUACGCAGGAAACAGGCAAAUACUCAAGUUCGUGGAAGCGAUGGCCGAUUUGCCAAGACAAAGAAGGAUACAUCGAAGACGGUCAAACAAGUAAAAUCAAGAAACGUCAAGCCGUCGAAUAUUUUUAAGUCUCUACAAUCUAAAUCUAAGAAAUAAGUUGAACCUGCGCAAAAUUAGAUGAUGGAAAUAAUAUUCUAGAAAGCUAGUCUGCUUAUAGAAUCCACAACUUAGGAACGACAACCAAGAGAUGGUGACAACUUUUAGAAAUGGCAUCAUGAAGCAGCAAUCAGAGGUCGAAUAAGACGCAGUUUUGCAAGUGAACGUUAAUUUUAAAGACAAUAACCAUAAAAAAGGAUUGAAAAAUGAUUUAGCGAUAUUUUUUCUACUAUUGAAAACUAAAAGAGUAUGACGAAUAAAUUGAA